CAUGCGCUCUGCCCCCUGAGCUGUCGCUUGCUUGGCAGUAACCGAAGUGGGUGUCGCCGGCGGCGCAUAGGCGCUCGCCAUGGAAUCCUACGAUGUGAUCGCGAAUCAGCCGGUGGUGAUUGAUAAUGGUUCUGGCAUGAUUAAAGCUGGCUUUGCAGGUGAUCAAAUACCUAAAUACUGCUUUCCAAACUAUGUUGGCAGACCAAAGCAUGUCCGAGUUAUGGCUGGAGCUUUGGAAGGUGACAUUUUCAUUGGUCCAAAAGCAGAGGAACAUAGAGGUCUUCUUUCUAUACGGUACCCAAUGGAACAUGGUAUAGUGAAGGAUUGGAAUGAUAUGGAGCGCAUUUGGCAGUAUGUGUACUCAAAAGAUCAACUCCAGACAUUCUCUGAAGAACAUCCUGUGCUCUUGACGGAAGCACCGCUGAAUCCUCGUAAGAACCGUGAACGAGCAGCUGAGGUUUUCUUUGAGACUUUCAAUGUGCCAGCUCUAUUCAUCUCUAUGCAAGCUGUGCUUAGUCUUUAUGCAACAGGACGAACUACAGGGGUGGUGUUGGACUCUGGGGAUGGGGUCAGCCAUGCAGUACCUAUUUAUGAAGGUUUUGCAAUGCCCCAUUCCAUUAUGCGAAUUGACAUAGCUGGCCGUGAUGUCUCUCGUUUUCUUCGCCUCUAUCUCCGGAAGGAAGGCUAUGACUUCCAUACAUCAUCUGAAUUUGAGAUCGUCAAAACCAUAAAAGAGCGGGCUUGCUACCUGUCGAUAAACCCUCAGAAGGAUGAAACUUUAGAAACUGAAAAAGCUCAAUAUUACCUUCCUGAUGGAAGCACCAUUGAGAUUGGUCCUGCCCGAUUCAGGGCUCCUGAAUUACUGUUCCGUCCAGAUCUGAUUGGAGAAGAAUGUGAGGGAUUGCAUGAAGUUCUGGUUUUUGCAAUUCAGAAGUCUGAUAUGGACUUAAGGCGAACUCUCUUUUCCAACAUUGUGCUCUCCGGAGGCUCCACGCUCUUCAAAGGUUUUGGCGAUAGGCUUCUAAGUGAAGUAAAGAAACUGGCCCCUAAAGAUGUCAAAAUCAGGAUAUCUGCUCCUCAAGAGAGAUUAUAUUCUACAUGGAUUGGAGGCUCCAUCCUGGCUUCACUUGACACAUUUAAGAAAAUGUGGGUUUCCAAGAAAGAAUAUGAGGAAGACAGUUCCUGGGCAAUCCACCGAAAAACCUUCUAACCCUGGCAAGUUCAGGGAUCUCUUUAGAUAUUUGUUCUUAUUCUUAACUCUCUUUUCUGAAUCUCUAAGGAGUUCUCUGUUUGUGUGUGCAUGAAUGGAUAUAUGGGUGCCAGCACACCCUGGACUUCACAGAGCCAAAGGGAAAACUGGGUUUUGACUUCAAACUGGUUGUGUGGGUGAAAAUGAGACUUAAUCCACUGGAAAAAUCCAUUCCCCCCCCGCGCUUUUUUUCCCCUGGGUGACCCACAAACCUCUGGGGGUAAGGAAAGAAACCCUACUAUGCCUCAGAAGAAACUUGGGGUAAUAUAAAAGUGAAUAAUAAGAUAGAAAUAGAAAAUGUCAACUAAUAUUGGAUCAAAUUCAGAUAGGCUGACCAGUGGAAACUGAGCACAGAAAUUGAUAGUUAUUUCCAGUGCUCAGCACAUAUUUUUAGAUGGUUAAUCCAGAGUUUUCCUUCCACCCCACCUUUUUCCCUGACAUACGCAGAAAAGCGAAUAAGCACAUUCUUAACUGUUACAACUCCAUUUACUGCUUUGUACGUGUAUGUAUAUUCUUAGGCUGGUGUGUGUGAAUCAGAAUCACGAUAUGAUAGUUGGAGCAGUUAAUUUUAGGAACUAGUUUAUAAUGCAUGAUGUAGAUCAGAAAGAGCCUUCCUUUGUUCUUUUCUAGUCAGUUGGUUUUGGCAGCCUGUAAUAAAGCAGCUGACAUUUAACUAACGGAAGAUGAUUCCAAAAUGUGUUUGCUGGCCCAUUCUGUACUUCCUCUGCCCACCCUCUCUCUUUUCCCAAACAUGCAGGUUCUAAAUGUUAAUAUUGAUUCUUUCUGAAAUGCAAAAACAUUGUGCCUGUGUCAAAAUUUCUGCCCAUGGGGUCUUUAGCCAAGCUUGAUGGGGAGUCAUGCAAUUGUUUUUAGACUUGUUUUAUUUAUUGAGAAGUUUUGGUGGUUGCUGAACUACUAUUACUAAAAUGAGUUCCACCAUUUUCAGUGUCCUAUUAUAUUGUAUUUGCUCAUACUUUAAUACUAGCACUAAUGUUUUAACAAAAUAUUUGUUAAAUAUAAAUAUUUGCCAACCCUGCUGUAUUAUUUUUAGAUUUGUUGCUUUAGUGAAUGUACCACAUGAGAAAACAAUGAAUUGUAUUAGAAUGUUUGAGUUUAAUAGUCAUCUCCAGAAGGUUGGUAUUCUAAAGUAAUGUCAGCCCCUGAUUUUACAUACUACAGAAAAGAAAAUUAAUCUGCUUUGAACUCAUUUUUGUUUUUAUUUUUUAUACAUAUUUUGGUGCUUAUGUUUUUUUACUUUGCUGCUGAAAACCAAAUAUUUUUGCAUUUUUGUCCAUUUAAGUGUUUGAAGAUUAGACAUCAAGAAAAGAAGCCUUACAUCUACCAAUAGCCAAAUAUUGGAAGAGAAACUAUAGUCUGAAAUAAAAAUUAAAUAACUUGUAUUAUCCCUGAGUAGAAAUGCAGAGUGUUUGCUAUUAAUAUAUUAUAAAUAUGGUCCUGUUGUGGUUUUGGUUGAAAGCCUGUUUUCCUUGGUAGGUUAUUGGCAUUCUCAGAAAAAUUACACAGGAAUUAAGUAGGCAGAAUUGAUAUUUAGUAGCAUUUUGUCUCUGUUUCAGUGCUUAUAAGAGCAAGAUCCAUACUGACUGAAGGGAUGGAGGAAAAUCUAGCUUCUUUUGCCAGCAGGUUGAAUAGAAACACAUAAAAUACAUAUCAUCUUGUGCAUUAUUCAGUCAUCCUUUAGUGUUAAAAAUAGGGUAAGAUCUGGAUACAGUUCUCCCUGAGUAAGUUUUGCUUAGUUGUCUUUUAGUGUAAGAGCAGAUAUAUUUUUCAGAAGAGUCUUUAAUUAUCAUUGACUUACAAGGGAGGAAAACAAACACAUCUAAAUUCAGCAAUUCUCUACGUCUACAUAAAUAAUUGUGUACUACAGGAAUGUGUAGAGUUCUUUAUAGCUAUUUCUUCUGUUAAAACAAAAGAAUUUGGGGGGCAGAGUGAUAAUGUUCCUUUAAUGAAUAAUAUUGAAAUUUCAGCAUUAUAUCCUUAUUUUCAUUAAUGAAAAUCUAUACUGUGACAAGAGUCUGAAAGACUGCCCAUUUAAUAGCCCUCUAAGACUAAAGAAUAGCAUAAAGCAUUUUCUAGUUUCUGUUUAUUGAGAAUAAUAGUUAAAAUAGUAAAAAAAAAGACUAUGCUACAUUUUGUAAGAUUCUUUUAAAAUGCUGCUACAAAUGAUUGCAUAUAAAAAUAUCCCGUGUCUUUAUUUCCUGAUAUAUGUAUGGUUUUCUUACCUUGAAUGUAUCUUAAGCAUCUAAGAUUAACAUUGUUAGGAGAUCAUAUCUUCAUUACAAAAUAACAGUCUCCCACUUCAGUCACUGUUUUAAUUAAACCUUCCUGAACAAGUCAUUUAGUUUGUUAUUGGAACUGGAAUGAAAUUUCUGCUAUGCUUGAUUCAAAAGUUCAUUGCAUGUCUAAGCAAGAUCUUGAGAAGUUGAUCUCCUCUGAUUUUAACUAUUUGCUUUCAGAGCAGAGGCUCAAGCCAAUUCAUUGUUGUGUUGAUCAAGGCUUGAGUGGUAGAUCUGUUUUUCUACACAAGUAUACUUUUUCUGUUGGCUGUAAAUGUGUUCAGAUACAGUAGAAGCCUGGGGUACUGACAUUAGACAAAGUUUAGGUAACUACAGAAUUAAAUGCAGGUUUAGAGGCAGUAGACUAGUUAUAAAAAAUAUUGAGUAUUGUAUUAGUCUUUCUUUUGACAAGAUUUAUGUACAGGGUAACCUGGGAUUUCUCAUGGAAGACCACAGGACUGGUUUUUCACUGCAGGAAAAGGGCACCUAGCCUGUAUUUCUUACCUUGCACUAUGGUAAUGUCACAUUUUAUUCUAAUUGUAUAGCAUUUGAAAUAUGUGUCCAGUGCAGGCUAUUACUGUGGAGGCCUUGAGUUACUUGAAAAAAAAACAGAAGAUUUUAGUAUUAAUGAAAUUUGUACUGUAAUUGCAGUAAUGAAGGGACAGUUGGAAAUAAUAAGGGCUACAGCGUGUACUGGUAUGAAGGAUGGCAAACCAUUACUGUAAUUUGUUUUAGUUCAUGUUUAUGGCUGUAUGUAUGUGGAAGUAGCAUUCCUAUGUAUAAAAAAUCCUUGAUUACCCCCUUCCUUUCUUUUAAUUCAUGGCAAUUUUUCCUUUGUUUUGACAUCAGAAGCAGUAAAAUUGUAUACUAAACAGACAAACCCAGCACUGGUUUUAUUAAUCUGAUGCUAUACUUCACACAGAUGUACAAAUCACUGUGGGGUAUUGCCUGCUGUACGUAAAUAAAAUUAUUAAUACACA